UAGCUCUCAGAUAGAAGUGUUGUAGCUCGCAUCAUAGUCUUAUCUGAGGGAAGCUGGUGGAUAUAAGGCGAUAAAAAUGGUCCGAGUACACUGUACUAUAUGAUAUCUAACUCGACGGAGGCGUGUUCGCGAUAGUUUCCGGUUAAGUGGGUUUCAUUUAAUUGUAUCUUAACCUUAUUCGAAAGAUAAAUAAUUUUAUUCACUUAGAACCAGUUAAACAGUUAUAUCGUUUUGUUCUAUAUUCAUUUUUGAGAAGACAACGAAAAUGGCUUUAUACAGUUUAAAAAGCAAUCUCCACUUGGCAACGUUGAAAACUCUCUCGCUGGUCUCCAUAAGCGUAAUGUCACCACAGCAGAGUGUCCAGGAGUUGUUCCGAACAACCGAUUGUAUUUGUUUCGACGUUGACUCCACUGUCAUCCAGGAUGAAGGCAUUGACGAGCUCGCCAGGUUCUGUGGAAAGGGAGAGGAGGUGAAGAGAUUAACUGCCGAGGCUAUGGGUGGUAAUAUGACGUUCCAGGAAGCACUCAAAAAGAGGCUGGAUAUAAUUAGACCGAAUGUAAACCAGAUUAAAGAAUUUUUAGACACAUUUCCCAUUCAUCUGACUCCUGGUAUCGCCGAAUUAGUGAAAACCUUACACGAGCGUGGAGUUGACGUGUACCUGGUCUCUGGGGGUUUCAGGAGCUUAAUAGAACCCGUGGCUGUAAAACUAGGCAUCCCUAUAUCCAAUGUCUACGCCAAUAGACUCAAAUUCUUCUUUAAUGGCGAAUAUGCUGGCUUCGAUGAGAAUGAACCAACAUCAAGGUCAGGUGGUAAGGGUAUGGUGAUCAGACGGCUGAAGGAACAGCACGGCUACCAGCGACUGAUCAUGGUCGGCGACGGUGCCACUGACGCUGAAGCAAGUCCACCCGCCGACGCAUUUAUAGGUUUUGGUGGUAACGUAGUAAGAGAAGAAGUUAAGAAGAGAGCUGCGUGGUAUGUUACAAGUUUCCAGGAACUAAUCUCUUAUCUAGCUAUCCAGACUAAAUGAACAAUGACAUAUACAUAGAACAAAUUAAUGUUUAGAGAAAAUCGACUUUAUCACACUGAUACAAUGAUCAUUAUUGAAUGACGGACCGGACAAAAGAUUGACAAAUAUACACCAUCUCCACCAUAGAGAACUCCAUCAUAUGAUUAUUAAAAUAAGAAACAAAAUACUUUAACUUUAAUAAAAAUGUCUUCCGUAUUUUUAUAGUGAAAUUGAACCUUAAGUUAAUGUACUAAGUCUCAAUUUGAAUGCAUUUACAAAUAGAACGUUAUUUUGUUGUCUGUACUUUGAGUACAAGUUUUAGUAUUUUGAGGACUUGGUUCUCUUGCUUUUUGAGGUGCUUGAAAUAAUUGUCAUCGUUGUAGUUUAUUUUUUUUAUAUGUAAUAAUUGUAUUUGUAAAUAAUUAUCGACAAACACUUGUAUGUGGACUAGUUAAUUGUUAGUACAAUUUUUAAUUAAUAGAUACUUAACGGUAUUAAAAUUUAUAAUAAAUUAGGUUAAUUCAAUUAAUAUAUAUAAUAUUGGUUAGAUGAGGCAAUAACCUCAAUAAAUGAUAUAUAUGUAGCUUUUUGUAAUGUCAAAAAUGGCUGUGUACUUCCUAAUAUAAGAAAAAAUCUAUGAAAUUUAAACACAUGUUAUGUUUAUUUUAUUAAAUGUAUUAUGUAUUUGAGUAUGAUUUAUGUUUCCUUUUAGUUUAAUGUUUAAUUUUAACCGACUUCAAUAAAAGCUGGUUAUAUAUUUCACG